AGCACUACCUGCGCAAAGAGACAUGGCUGACCAACUAACAGAAGAGCAGAUUGCUGAGUUCAAGGAGGCCUUCUCCCUCUUCGAUAAGGACGGCGACGGCACCAUCACCACCAGGGAGCUGGGCACCGUGAUGCACUCUCUGGGCCAGAACCCCACGGAGGCCGAGCUGCAGGACAUGAUCAACGAGGUGGACGCCGACGGCAACGACACUAUCGACUUCCCAGAGUUCCUGACCAUGAGGGCGAAGAAGAUGAAGGACACAGACGGCGAGGAGGAGAUCAGGGAGGCCUUCCGAGUGUUUGACAAGAUCGGUAGCGGCAAACGGUGGUACCUGUCUCUCCAGCCAUACAGGUUCACCGUGACCUACCGGCCGGGGGAUACGAACAGAGUGGCGGAUUUCCUUUCCCGCAUCCCGGAAGUGGCGGGGGAAGGAGUGAGCAUGGAGCCCGGCUUGGAAGGGCCUUUUCCUUGCCUGGGACGACAGGAGUCGUCUUUGGUGUCAGAAGAAACCGGAGCGCCUCAACAGGGGGCAGUGUGGAAGAUGGGACCAAAAGCCAAGCCGGCCAAAGAGGGCGAUGCACGUCACCAGCAGGAAGAGGAACCGGCUGGAAGAGCGCUACCUGCGCAAACAGACAUGGCUGACCAACUAACAGAAGAGCAGAUUGCUGAGUUCAAGGAGGCCUUCUCCCUCUUCGAUAAGGACGGCGACGGCGCCAUCACCACCAGGGAGCUGGGCACCGUGAUGCACUCUCUGGGCCAGAACCCCACGGAGGCCGAGCUGCAGGACAUGAUCAACGAGGUGGACGCCGACGGCAACGACACUAUCGACUUCCCAGAGUUCCUGACCAUGAGGGCGAGGAAGAUGAAGGACACAGACGGCGAGGAGGAGAUCAGGGAGGCCUUCCGAGUGUUUGACAAGAGCGGUAGCGGCAAACGGUGGUACCUGUCUCUCCAGCCAUACAGGUUCACCGUGACCUACCGGCCGGGGGAUACGAACAGAGUGGCGGAUUUCCUUUCCCGCAUCCCGGAAGUGGCGGGGGAAGGAGUGAGCAUGGAGCCCGGCUUGGAAGGGCCUUUUCCUUGCCUGGGACGACAGGAGUCGUCUUUGGUGUCAGAAGAAACCGGAGCGCCUCAACAGGGGGCAGUGUGGAAGAUGGGACCAAAAGCCAAGCCGGCCAAAGAGGGCGAUGCACGUCACCAGCAGGAAGAGGAUCCGGCUGGAAGAGCACUACCUGCGCAAACAGACAUGGCUGACCAACUAACACAAGAGCAGAUUGCUGAGUUCAAGGAGGCCUUCUCCCUCUUCGAUAAGGACGGCGACGGCACCAUCACCACCAGGGAGCUGGGCACCGUGAUGCACUCUCUGGGCCAGAACCCCACGGAGGCCGAGCUGCAGGACAUGAUCAACGAGGUGGACGCCGACGGCAACGACACUAUCGACUUCCCAGAGUUCCUGACCAUGAGGGCGAAGAAGAUGAAGGACACAGACGGCGAGGAGGAGAUCAGGGAGGCCUUCCGAGUGUUUGACAAGAUCGGUAGCGGCAAACGGUAGCGGCAAACGGUGGCGGC